AUGGGCGGCUCCCGAUCAUACCAGAAGAAAACUACUACCAAAGAAGACUGUCAGGAUAGCAAGACAAUUGGGGGCGAUUCGAGCAUUAAUGAUUCCAUGCUUCCUCCAACACUUGAAACAAGGAAACGAAGAAAAUAUAAUACUGCAUGGAUGGACGAAGCGACAGAAUCUGAGAUGUUUGUGUCGCAAAGCGACACGGGAACUACACAGAAAUCCGGCUUCAAGCGCAAGUUUUGUGCUGAAGAUGAUGAGGCCUUGGAAUCAGUACCGCAAGAAGAUGAUUUCCAAUUCACCCGGCCUGUCUCCUCACCACAAUUGGCAUGUGAGCGAUAUGUAUCUCUUGGUACUUACUCACCUGUCGAAAGGCCGGUCGAAUUGGAGAAGAGCUCAAACAACCACAAGCAGCCUAAGCGAAAAGCACUUGAGCCAAAGAGUAUCAACAUUAAUCUCAUUCCUUUAAAUAAACGUCGGAGUACAACAAUAGAGGACCAGGAUCAGAACGCUUCAACAAAAGAGGAUGUCGAAAACGGUGGAAAGCAAACCCCAUCACCGAAUGUAAACGCCUAUUGUGGACAGAACAUAUCGAAACCACAACGCGGGUUUCUCUAUACCAACAAGCCUACGCAAGAUGGGUAUGGCAAAAACGAACACGUCAUUGAAUCAAAAUCUACGGAGGGAAAUCUGCGUCCUCUCCCACGGCAGAUCCUUGCUCCCGAAGAGCAUAGUGCAUAUCAGGCACCAAUGGAUAUAUUAGACCCUCCAUCACGACCAACCAGACGCCAAAGAGCCGUUGUAAGCUACACAGAGCCGAAUUUGAGAGACAAGAUGCGGCGAUCAAACAAUGAAUUUAUAGCUGCGGUUGGGAGUGACCAGCCAAGAAGAAACUCUAAUUCACUGCCUGUGAGACCCCAUGCAAAUGAUGAAGCUGAUAUAAACAAAAAUUCCAAAGCUAGCUCAAAAUUGCUGGGAUCGGGCACAUCAGAUACCCCCGUGGGAAACCCCUCUACGCAAAAAAUGAGCAUGGUAUCUCAAAGAAAACGCAAGCCCUCGCCGUCCGCAAGCAAAGAUGUCCUGUCAGGGGUAAACGAUGGAUUUGGGUGGGAGGAAGAUACCCACUUUAACAACGCAAGUUUUGGUACUGAAACGGAGCCAGAAGGGAAUAUCAUUACCAAAUCGCAAUCAGAGGAUGUGAAGGGUUGUAUACUUCAGCCACCGGCCGAGCCCACUGAUAUUUCCAUGACACACGCUAGAAAUGCAUCAAAGUCAAACACGCGUCUUCAUAAACAGCCCCGACGACACUCCUCGAACCCAAGCUCGUCUGCACAGGAGCCACCGGUGGAAUGCGACAUCAUUGCCUCACCUCCGAGCUCACGAGCCAUUUUAUCACCAUCAGCCAAAGCCGGCCAAGGCCACUUGAGAACCCAAACUAUGAAUGAGAAUCCUGUCCAAUCAGAAGCAAAAUCCCACGAGCCUGGGGGUCACCUUAUCAAAUCAAGCACUUUGGAAGUAAAACCCCGGCAGAUUAAGCGUAAACAGCGCCCCUCUGCUAGAAGAAAGAGCAUGAUGUUAUGA